AUGGUGUACAACAGCCUGGUGACCGCUCCUUCCGACAUGAAGGAGGCCAUCGAUUGGAUGGCGGCAGUGAAGGCAACUGGCGGUGCGCAUAGUUUGGCCGAGGCGGUAGCGCAUCUGUUUCACGUCGGAUCAAAAGGCGGAUACGAUCUUGGUCUCAUUGAGGAGGUGAGACACCAUGUUAAGCUCUUCCUGCAGAAGCCCGGGUUGAAGGAGCACGCCGCCUCACGACAGAUAAUCAAGAAGAUCGUUGAAACGUGUAUUAAAUUCAUACGUACUACUGACGACGAUAACGCUGAGGAGGAAAAGGCGAAAUCCAAACGUAGAUUGCGCAGGAAACAUCGUAAGAAGUCGCGCAAGAAACAAUCCGAGGCCGACGAGAAACUCGCGGAAGACCAUAAAAAAUAUGAGGUCGCCCCAGACAAGCCGCCAGUGUACAUUAUCUCUAGCAAGUUGACUGAGGAUGAAAUUAAGAAGGGUGUGCAGGAUUCCUUGGAAAAGUUCGACACGCUUCUGAAAAAGAUUAGAAAGGGGCAAACCUAUGUUCCUACUUACAGCACAGCGGCCGAGUGGGAAAGGUGCUGCGCCCCUGAUCCCUUAAUUUGUGCCCAGAUCUUUGUCGGAAUUGCACCACUGUUGUACGCAACCAGUCGCAUGCUCCGGUACGUUACAACGUUCACGUCUGGAAUAUAUAAGAUCGCGGAUGAGUCGAAGAAGCUGGGCCAGUUCUUUCGCCUCGCAGGUUACAAUGUGGAAAGCGACAUUAACGCCCGGAAAACGGUCGAUAUCUUCAGGUUCAACGUGAACUUCAUCACCGAGGACUUCGCCAUGAGGCUGAACGAGUUGUCCGGUUUCGUGAAGAUAUAG